UAUAGUACUGGAAUCCGUGGAUAAAAAGACCCUGCCUGCUCUGUCUCAAAUCUCUCAUCACAACAGAGACUCAAGCCCUUUUACCAGAGAAGUGCGAAGGAGAGUUUGGCAAAGAAGACGAUGGCCGAGAGCUCCGCAAUAAACAGAUGCCUCUUCCUUUUUAUGCUUAUCUUCCCUCAUUUCUCUACUCUAGCUCUAGCUGAAGAUGGAUUGGUGGCAAAUGGUGAUUUCGAGGCACGACCCUCGAACGGCUUCCCAAGCGAGGCAAUAGCGGAUGGGCCGACGGAGAUCCCGAGCUGGAGAACAAAAGGCAGAGUGGAGCUGGUGUCGUCUGGGGAAAAAGUGAGCGGAGGGAUGCUCCUCAUCGUGCCCGGAGGCUCGAAAGCCGUUAGAUUGGGUAAUGACGCAGAGAUCAGCCAAGAAGUAACGGUGGAGAAAGGGUCCACGUACGCAGUUACCUUCAGUGCGGCCCGCACGUGCGCGCAACUUGAGUCAUUGAAUGUGUCCGUGCCACCUGCUUCACAGUCGGUAGACCUCCAAACAUUGUACAACGUGCAAGGGUGGGACCCUUACUCGAUUUCAUUCGAGGCAGAGGUGGAUAAAGUGCCGUUGAUUUUCCGGAACACCGGAAUGGAAGAUGACCCGGAAUGUGGGCCCAUCAUUGAUGAUAUUGCCAUUAAAAAACUUGUUACCCCUGAUCAGCCCAAAGACAAUGCAGUAGUUAACAGUGGCUUUGAAUUUGGCCCUUGGAUGUUCCAAAAUGUAUCUCUUGGUGUCUUGCUUCCGACCAACCUUGACGAAGAGACAUCCCCAUUACCAGGAUGGAUGGUCGAAUCAACCAGGGCGGUUCGAUACAUUGAUUCCAACCAUUAUGCUGUCCCAGAAGGCAAACGUGCCGUGGAGUUGGUUUCCGGCAAGGAAGGCAUCAUUUCUCAAAUGGUGGAAACCAAACCAGAUAAGCUAUAUAGCUUGACCUUCUCUUUGGGGCACGCUGGGGACAAAUGCAAGGAACCACUGGCUGUAAUGGCGUUUGCAGGGGACCAGGCACAAAAUUUUCACUACACGCCUGACUCUAACUCCACCUUCCAAGUUGCUAGUGUGAACUUCACAGCCAAGGCGGAGAGGACACGUAUCGCGUUCUACAGUGUGUAUUACAAUACAAGAACCGAUGACAUGAGCUCACUAUGUGGUCCGGUGGUGGACGAUGUUCGGGUGUGGUAUUCAUGGGCAAGUAGAAAUGAGGUCCAAGUGUUGUUAGGGAUUGGACUUUCUUUUUGGGCUUACCUUUUCGUUUUGGUUUAGAGUUGGGUGCCUUAAGUAAAGGGUAGAUUAAUAUUUGCUUUUUUUAUGUAAGGUUUUAAGGCUAAAAUAUCCCAAGUUGCUUGUAAUGUCAUCUUCUUUCCAAGUUUUCGUUUGAGAAAUGAAAAUGAGUUUAGUUGCA